UGCACGAAUAUCACGCUACAAGCAUCACUCUCGGCAUGUAUUCAGAAGCAAUGCAACUACACCGAACAAGCUCGGGUGGCCAUCGUCGACAACCAAUUAUGCGAAGGGGUUCCAAUUCAAAGUCGUGCCUGGGGUGUCGCUAUAGUCGGUCUUGUAUGCGGCCCCCUUGCUCUAAUCGCCAUUGCCCUACGAUGUUACUCGAGAUACUCCAUAACCCGAUCUCUGGGAUGGGAUGAUUGGUUAGCGGUUGUCACUGGAUUGGUGUUGAUACCACUUAUCGUGUUGGACUGUUACAAUGGCAUUGUGAAUGGAUAUGGUCGCCAUUAUUGGGAUGUUGAUCCACUUCGUGUUGUGGAGUUGUUGAAGAUAUUCUACGUCGCAGAAAUACUCUACAUCGUCGUCAUCACUCUAGUCAAAGCAUCCAUCUUGGCCCUUUACUUCCGCGUCUUCCUUUCAAAUAACUUCAGAAUUGCUGCUGGCAUUGUGCUGGUCCUUGUGGUUUUCUCGGGACUUGGCGUCAUAGCUGCAAUCGUUUUUCAAUGCAGUCCUGUUGACUUAGCUUGGGAUCGCACUAUUGUUGGCGGACGAUGUAUCAAUGUCAAUGAGCUCGCCUACGCAGCGGGAGCUAUCUCCGUUGCACUCGAUAUCAUCAUCCUCGUCUUGCCUCUACCAGAACUAUACCACUUACAAAUGAGCAAAAAGAAGAAGCUCAACGUAAUGUUCAUGUUCAGCCUUGGAACCAUUGCAUGCAUAACCUCCAUCGUCCGCCUGAAAUACCUCGUCGACUUCGCCAAAUCCACCGACCCAACCUGGGACAACGCCAUCCCCGUAAUCUGGUCCUUCCUCGAAAUCUGCGUCGCAAUAAUCUGCGCCUGCCUCCCCGCCAUCCGCGCCAUCCUGUCCCGGUACCUCCCUUCCGUC